UCAAAGAACGAUCUUUUCCAUUCAGUAUGAUAAUUGCGUGGUUCAAAAUCGCCGUGAAACAGUGAAACCUCGCAAAAACUAUGGUUCUUGUGAGGAACAAUAACCAUGUGUCUAUUGCUGAUGCAACUGAAGAGAUGAAAAUUGGGACUGUCGCGGAUGGUGUGUUUCAGUAUCCUAGUGAUGUGUUUCCAGUGAGACGUUAUCGUGGACAAAAUGAGGACACGAGCGUCCCAAGUUCAUCAACUCAUAACCAUGGGCAAGUCACCAGAAACAGUGAGAUACUUUCACAACCACAGAAAUCUCCUUUAACAUAUUCAGAUGCAACCUGUCUGUUGAGUGGGUUUUUCGUCUUCACUAUAGCUUCCGGUAUGGUAAACACGUAUGGUGUGCUGUAUACGUACAUGCUGCCGGCAAUGGACGUGAGCGAGUACCAGCUCAGCUGGCUGGGUGCUGUCAUGAGUGGAGUGAACGGCCUUUCUGCUAUCUUGGCUGCUGUGCUGACAGACAACUUUGGAUGUGGUGUGACAGCAUCAGUUGGGGCGAUUCUCUUGUCUUCAGGCAUCUUAAGCAGCAGUCAAACAACAAACAUAUACGCCCUGUACAUGCUGCUGGGAGCCAUGCCAGGUCUGGGGUACUCGUUGCUGUAUAUAUGCUUACUAGUACAAGUUAAUCAACAUUUCACCACUCGGCGCCCUUUGGCAGUGGGACUUGUUGCAAGUGGAACUGGCGUGGGUCGCCUGUGCUGUCCGUUACUGGUGGCAGCGCUGGCGGAGGAAUAUGGUUGGCAGGGGGCACUCCUCAUACUUGGUGGAGUGUGUCUGAACCUUCUUGCUUGUUGUCUCUUGAUGCAAACAAAACGAGGAAAGGCUACAGGAGAAUUAAACACGACACAUGUUUUGCGUGCGGAGACCUCAGCCGCUGGAGACGAGACUGUCCAUAUGUCAACUCUAACACAGUCACGCGGACAAGUCGACCAGGAAGCAAGACCACAGUCUCAGAGUAAACAAGCAGAUCAAACCAAGGACAGACCACCAAAUCCACUGAGUGCAUCACUGAAAUCGGGACUAACGAAAUUAAGAGACAUUUUUCGUGUCCGAGGUGCAGUGAUAUUUGGGAUUUCUCAACUCAUAUGUGGAUUAGGCUAUCAUUCUUACCCAACUUUCCUACCAGCCUACAUCAUGGCGUCACUUCCGGCUGUGACUUCCACUCAAGGUGCACAAGCUGUUUCCCUAAUCGGGUUCGGGAAUGUCAUCGGGAGACUUGGGUUCGCCAGUCUGUCCAUGCUCGGACCUAGGGUGCCCAUUUAUCUGUUUAUACUUGGUCUAAUCGUUUGUGGCUUCACCAACAUCCUCGUCACCUUGUGCCAGAGCACGCAUUGUUUCUUGGUCACGUCAGUGGUUUACGGUGUAGCAGUAGGUGGCUCGAUGGGACUCUUCUCCAUUGUGUUGGUAGAUAUGUUUGGACUGGAGAACAUCUCCAAAACACUUGGGAUAUUCCUAUUCUGCAACGGAAUUGGUUUGUUGUGUGGACCGCCAAUAGAGAGUUCCUUGGUAGCACUGACUGGUGUGAGGGAGGACUUCUUCUACUCGUCUGGCACCUUUUACCUUCUCAGUGCUCUGGCCAUAGUCCUCAUCAUAACUGGGAAAAUAGGGACACAACUGCGCCGACGAACCUACAACAUAAAUGUAAAAAGUGUUUCCAACCCAGCAUUUACGACCGCAAAUGUGGAUGCGUAGGGGUAGCAUUUGGAGAGGUGAAUGGGUAGCAUCUGGAGAGGUGAAGGAGUAGCAUCAGGAGAGGUGAAGGGGUAGCAUCUGGAGAGGUGAAGGGGUAGCAUCUGGAGAGGUGAAGGGGUAGCAUCUGGAGAGGUGAAGGCAUCUGGGGAGGUGAAUGGGUAACAUCUGGAGAGGUGAAGGCAUCUAGAGAGAUGAAGGGGUAGCAUCUGGAGAGGUGAAGGGUAGCAUCUGGAGAGGUGAAGGCAUCUGGAGAGGUGAAGGGGUAGCAUCUGGAGAGGUGAAGGCAUCUGGGGAGGUGAAGGAGUAGCAUCUGGAGAGGUGAAGGGGUAGCAUGGGAGAGGUGAAGGCAUCUGGGGAGGUGAAGGAGUACCAUCUGGAGAGGUGAAGGGGUAGCAUGGGAGAGGUGAAGGCAUCUGGAGAGGUGAAGGGGUAGCAUCUGGAGAGGUGAAGGCAUCUGGGGAGGUGAAGGAGUAGCAUCUGGAGAGGUGAAGGGGUAGCAUGGGAGAGGUGAAUGCAUCUGGGGAGGUGAAGGGGUAGCAUCUGGAGAGGUGAAGGAGUAGCAUCUGGAGAGAUGAAGGCAUCUAGACAGGUGAAGGGGUAGCAUCGGGAGAGGUGAAGGGGUAGCAUCUGGAGAGGUGAAGGCAUCUAGACAGGUGAAGGGGUAGCAUCGGGAGAGGUGAAGGGGUAGCAUCUGGAGAAAUGAAGGGGUAGCAUCUGGAAAGGUGAAGGCAUCUAGACAGGUGAAGGGGUAGCAUCGGGAGAGGUGAAGGGGUAGCAUCUGGAGAGGUGAAGGCAUCUGGAGAGGUGAAGGGGUAGCAUCGGGAGAGGUGAAGGGGUAGCAUCUGGAGAGGUGAAGGCAUCUGGAGAGGUGAAGGGGUAGCAUCGGGAGAGGUGAAGGGGUAGCAUCUGGAGAGGUGAAGGCAUCUGGGGAGGUGAAGGGGUAGCAUCUGGAGAGGUGAAGGGGUUGCAUCUGGAGAGGUGAAGGCAUCUGGGGAGGUGAAGGGGUUGCAUCUGGAGAGGUUAAGGCAUCUGGAGAGGUGAAGGGGUAGCAUCUGGAGAGGUGAAGGCAUCUGGGGAGGUGAAGGAGUAGCAUCUGGAGAGGUGAAGGGGUAGCAUGGGAGAGGUGAAUGCAUCUGGGGAGGUGAAGGGGUAGCAUCUGGAGAGGUGAAGGAGUAGCAUCUGGAGAGAUGAAGGCAUCUAGACAGGUGAAGGGGUAGCAUCGGGAGAGGUGAAGGGGUAGCAUCUGGAGAGGUGAAGGCAUCUAGACAGGUGAAGGGGUAGCAUCGGGAGAGGUGAAGGGGUAGCAUCUGGAGAAAUGAAGGGGUAGCAUCUGGAAAGGUGAAGGCAUCUUGACAGGUGAAGGGGUAGCAUCGGGAGAGGUGAAGGGGUAGCAUCUGGAGAGGUGAAGGCAUCUGGAGAGGUGAAGGGGUAGCAUCGGGAGAGGUGAAGGGGUAGCAUCUGGAGAGGUGAAGGCAUCUGGAGAGGUGAAGGGGUAGCAUCGGGAGAGGUGAAGGGGUAGCAUCUGGAGAGGUGAAGGCAUCUGGGGAGGUGAAGGGGUAGCAUCUGGAGAGGUGAAGGGGUUGCAUCUGGAGAGGUGAAGGCAUCUGAGGAGGUGAAGGGGUUGCAUCUGGAGAGGUUAAGGCAUCUGGAGAGGUGAAGGGGUAGCAUCUGGAGAGGUGAAGGAAUCUGGGGAGGUGAAGGCAUCUGGAGAGGUGAAGACAUCUGGGGAGGUGAAGGCAUCUGGGGAGGUGAAGGCAUCUGGGGAGGUGAAGGCAUCUUGGGAGUUGAAGGGGUAGCAUCUGGAGAGGUGAAGGCAUCU